AUGUACAGCGAGUCAGUUGGUCGCUAUGAACAAAUUACUGAUGCAGAAGUGGCAAUCAGGUGCGGCCUCAGCAGCGAAGGUGUCCUCGGAUGGAUUAUGGGUGACAUUGAAUUCAACGGUGUACGAGACCAUCUUGAGAUACAGUUCGCGAUUGAAUCGAUUUUGCAGUUUAGGAAUCGUGAGAAAAUCUCGGCUCUUGAGGAAUCUAUGACUAUGGCUGUUCGUAUGCAUAAAGACGAAGCGAAAAUAACGCAGUCGGGCAAGUAA